UGAACCAGGUCGAAUUCUGAUCUUUCGCUCCUUCUGAUCUCUGCUCCUCUUCUGAUAAACCCCAAAUCAUGGCGGAUUCUUCGGGGACGACGCUGAUGGAUCUGAUCACGUCGGACCAACCGUCGUCGACAGUACCGUCGUCGGCGGCGUCAACUACUGCUUCCUCGACAGCACCGCCGCCCCAAACUACGACAGCAAAUAUUGGGGCGCCGAUUCCGAUGGUGGUGGAUAAGAAAUCGAAGAAAGGAACGUUAAUGCAGAUCCAAAGCGAUACGAUUUCCGCUGCCAAAGCUGCUCUUAACCCUGUCAGAGCUAACAUUAUGCCGCAAAAGCAAAAGAAAAGGCCUGUUUCUUAUGCACAAUUGGCCAGGAGCAUUCAUGAAUUAGCAGCGACCUCUGAUCAAAAAAGUUCCCAGAGGCAAUUGGUCCAUCAUGUGUUUCCCAAACUGGCUGUCUACAACUCUGUUGAUCCAUCUUUGGCACCAUCUCUUCUCAUGGUAUGAAGCCAGAUUAUUAAU